GUUUACUUGACUUGACCACUUGUAAUAUUUAGCGGUGUAAGACCCAAAAGGUGAAAAAGUUACGAAAGAAAUGUCAAAAACUUGAAAAUGGCUACAAUUAAGUUUAUUACGAGUAUUCAAACGGUCGGCUCAGGACUGGUACGUCAGAUAUUAUCAAGACAAGUUGUUCCAAAUUUAGUAACAGCAGUUUCAAUCAGGCAACACUCAUCAGAUUCCGGUGAUAAACCGACGUCAAAAAAAAGAAAAGGGAAGACACCUGCAGGAAGGUUUGACGAUAAGUGGGAGCAUGAUACGGACGAGUCAGUAGAAAUAUUUUCUGAGAAAGAACCAUUAGAAAGAUUUCCAGAUGAUAAAAAUCCUGUGACUGGUGAAAUAGGGGGACCUCGUGGUCCCGAACCAACUCGAUACGGUGACUGGGAAAGGAAAGGGCGUGUUACAGAUUUCUAGUCAGUUAAUUGUGAGAGAUUUAUUCAGUAU